AUGGAGGGCGGAAGAGAGGAGGACGGCGCUUCGGGGGGGUGUGCGGGAGAGUACCUUGAAGCCACCUGCACGGAGACUGGAGACGUCCUCUUCUGCGGCGAAGAGCGGAGGCAGAAGCCUCGAGAAGCCGAUGGAGACGACGACGUGGAAGUCCUCCUUGUGCUGAAGAGGAGACGUGAACUUCAAAUCGAAGGAGUCGAGCACCAUAUCUCCGCUGGCGGCGAGCGGGACAAGAUUUCUUCUCGCAAGCACGCAGAGACGGAAGACGGCCAAAGAGAUCGAGAGCUGUAUUCGGAGAGGUCUCCGCGGCCGAGUCAACGUCGGAAUGAAGAAGCGGCUCUGGUUUUUGCUGCCUCUCCUUCGUCUUCUGCCCCGUCAGCCUGCGAAAGACGUUCUUCGCAACGAACCGCCUCACCUUGCAGGCGUGACUACUCCUCUCCCUUUCCUUGUCGCUCGGAUCCUCCUUCUGGUGGCAAUCCGAGCGUGGCCAAGUCUUUUUCUGAUCUUUCCUCUUCUCGUUUGUCUUCUUCUCGCGUGAACCCCGUUUCCGCUCCCUCGCUCUUCACGCGCCGGGAGACCGCCGCUCUCCCGCAGUCUGCCUGCGGUGUACGUACAGCUCAGCCGGAUUCGUCUCCUCACGCGGAAGCCGACAAGUUGCCUAACACGCUCUCUGGCGCCUCUCUGUCGAGCCAGAACCAAGGCAUGCAGUCCAUUUUUUCUUCACACGAAGUCCUGCCCGUUUUCCCGGCGCGACCGCCUUCGCGGCCUUCAGUCUCCUCACGGAUACCUUCGUCUCCGUCUGGCUCUGCCGAUCCUCCGGUCGCUUCGGCGUCGCGUGCGUCGCCUUCGUCCCCUGGUGCUUCGCUCCUCUCUCCGCCGCCGUCCUUGCCUGCUGCCUGUCCCUCGUCGUCAUCCGCAUUCUCCGGAGGCCCGCGCCGCGCGACGCAUCGCCGCGCCUCGCACGGAGAGGAGGAGCUGGUUGCGCCGGAUUUGCAUGCGCUAUUUGCGCACUACAAUGACGCGUUCUUCGAAGGAAAGUUGGCUGGAGUCGAAGUGCGCUGGAGUCGCCGCAUGACGCUUUGCGCAGGCCUCUGCGUCUACCAGGCUGGAGGCUACUGCUCUGUGCGGCUCUCUGAACCCCUUCUCAAGUUCCGCUCUGUGAAGGAAUUUCGAGAGACUCUUCUUCACGAGAUGAUUCACGCGUUCCUGUUUGUGACCAAAAGAGAUCGCGAACACGACGCUCACGGACCGGAUUUUCUGGCGCACAUGCACCGUCUCAACGCGCUGACCGGGCUCAACAUCACCGUCUUCCACACUUUCCACGACGAAGUGGAUUAUUACAGAACGCACAUCUGGCGAUGUCAAGGCAAAUGCCGCGAGACGCCUCCGUACUUCGGCUACGUUCGCCGGUCGAUGAAUCGCGCGCCAGGCCCCUACGAUCGAUGGUGGGCUGACCAUCAGCAGGCCUGCGGAGGCACGUACGUGAAGAUCAGUGAGCCGAAGGCACUCGCGGCGAGCCGCAAAGCUUCUUCAUCGCGGUCCGGCAAGUCGGCGCAAAGGCCUCCGCAGAAGAGCAGGUCUGCGGCAGGUGCGGCGGCGCGCGACACGCCGGCGGCCAAAGCGAGAUCGGAUGCGGCUUCACCUGCGUCAGCGGGGAAACCGAAACAACUCGGGUUACUCGACACGUGGAAAAAAACGGGAGGUCGGGGGAAGGCGGAAAGCUAUGCCGCCAAUACGCCGGUGACUCCUGCGGCCGCAGGCACGAGGCCCUCGUUCUCGCCGCUGGGCACCGUCGCCGACUCGCUUUCGUUCGCAGACGCGGUCAAUCUGCAUAGGCGAGAGCGGCUUCUGACUGCGAAAAUGGACGGGGCAGGACGCGCGGAGAGUCCUCUUUCCGGAGCGUCGCCGCCUGUGCGCGCUUCCCCUUCUUCGGAUUCUUCAUUUGUGCCGUCACUCUCGCCUGCGUCUCGCCAGACGCAGGCGAGAGCAGCAGCGACUUCGUCGUCCCGGGGUGGCGCAGUCCCUUCAGCGAGCCCGUCGUCGUCCGCCGCGACUUCUUCCUCUUCUGCGCGAGGAAGAAGCGGCGCCGUCUCAGACGACGACGCUGUCGAGUGCGUCGCAGUCCGCACGUCUUCGGAUGCGUCGCUCUCCUUGCACCCGUCGCGCAGGCAGCCAUCGCCGCCGUCGCCGCCGCCGUCAUCGCUCUCAGGGAGACCUGUUUCACCGCGAACGAGGCGUAGAGACUGCCAGGGAGCGGGCGCCAGGAGAGACGGUGCCGCGCAGCCGGCUGAAGAGCCGCAGAGGAGUCGAAGGCUCGGAUCUGACGCAGGCGUGUCAAGCGUAGAUGGCCUGGAAGACGACGGCGACGUCGUCUUCGUGUCCAGCAGCCAUGGCGAUGCAGCGCCUUUCCCUCGCGAUCGAGAGCUCCCUCCGGUCGGCGGCCAGGCAGCCAGGACUAGAGUGGCGCCCCGACAGCUGGCGCAGUCGUCGUUUCCAAGCCGCGCAGCCGCUGCUUCUGAAGCUUCUGCGGCGUGUGCGUCGUCUUCUGAGUCCGGAGCUGAAGCAUCUGAGAGCAGAGAGAGAGAAGAAGCUGCAACUUCUUCGCCGGUGGGGGAUCUUAGCCCACCGUCGGAUGCGAAUCUCUGCCGCUACUGCGGCCACGGCUUUGAGGGCCUACGGGAAUUUCGACGCCACAUACAAUGCUGCAUUCGAGAUCCGGACCGUCUCCGCGGCCGUCGUGACCUCGCUCCGGCGGCCAGGGAGGGAGACGCACUCUCUCCAUUGCCAAGCGCACACUCGUAA